UCGAAUCACUGCUCAUCUCAUGUGCGCUGGAAACUCAAGACAUGUCACUUUUUUAUUCUUUUGCGCUGAUUGCAUUGCCAUUUCUGUCUGGAUGUGAUGGCUACUUCCACCAUACCCAAAGGGAAUGUCAUUUCACCUCCGGGGACUUGAAAGACCUUGAGUUUAUUGACAGGUACGUUUUUAACAAAGAUGAGUAUAUAAGAUACAACAGCACUCUGAAAAAGUUCAUCGGGUUCACGGAACAUGGAGUGAGAAACGCAGAGAGGUGGAAUCAAGAUGGAUUUUCAGACCAAGCCUAUGGCAACCUGGAUGGGUAUUGCAGGCCCAAUUCUGAGUUAGAGUUACAGAACAUACUUGGGCAUUCAGUUGAACCUUUGGUAAAAGUUAAAUCUGUGAAAUCAGGCAGUCAGAGACACUCCACUAUGCUGGUGUGCAGUGCAUAUAACUUCUACCCAGAGGGAAUCAAACUGACUUGGCUGAGAGAUGGGAAGGAGGUGAAGACUGAUGUAACUUCCACUGAAGAGCUCUAUGAUGGAGACUGGUACUAUCAGAUACACUCUUACCUGGAGCUCACACCCACAUCUGGAGAGACCAUCGCCUGCAAGGUGGAGCACAGCAGCUUUUCUGAGCCCAAGGUCUUCAAAUGGGAUCCCUCAACGUUAGAUGGAGAGAGAAACAAGGUGAUCAUUGGGGCUUCCGGACUGGUUUUGGGACUGAUCCUCUCACUUGCUGGUGUGAUUUACUACAAGAAGAAAUCAACCGGGAGAAUCCUGGUACCAACAAGUUAAUGUAGUUGUUUCACUGUCACAUGGAGAGGAACUUUGUGGAACUCAGUUUGGGAAAAGACUUACCUUUCAUUUCAUUUUUUUUU